AUGAAUUCUACAACACAGAGCAAUGCCACGGAAGAGAUGGGUUCAAGUACAAUAUCGAGUCCUGUGUGGACUUACGUACAAACUACCGAAAUCGUUAUCGCCGCCGUCGGGGUUAUCAGCAAUUUGGUGGUUAUUAUCGUUAUGAUCGGCAUCCCGCAUCUUCGGUCACAGCUGACGUUCAGACUCACUGCAUCGCUGGCAGUGGCAGACCUACUGGCAUCCAUUUUUCUUGUUCCGCGGACAUUGCGAGGCUUUUUCGCUGUACCUUCUGGAAUAGCUGGAGAAAUUUACUGUCGAACUGUCAAAGCUACGAUUCUGUGGGUGAGUUUUGUUGCAUCUACGUACACACUAAUAGCUAUCACCAUGGAACGAUAUGUUGCAAUCGUUCACCCAUUACGAUAUAGUGGGCAUAAGGGAAGGGUGUCCGCAGUACUCAUCAUAUUCGUUGUCUGGCUUCUCGCCUUUAUCAUGCAGAGCUUUUGCGUCUACAACAAUUCAUACAAUCCGACAAUAGACAGCUGUAGCUACAAAUGGCCAUUUGGGGACUGGUAUCAAACUUUUGCUGGUGUCGGACUUUUUUUUGCCACUUAUUUUGUUCCUGGUGUAAUUUUAUUGGUUGCGUAUGCUAGAAUUUUUCUCGCUCUCCGUGAAAGUGAACGCAAAAUUGGACAAGGCAGUGCUGAUCAUGGUAAAACUGUUACACCCGCCAGGAUCCGUACCAGAAAGAAAGUCAUCAAGAUGUUCUCAGUUGUAUGCCUGGCAUUCUUAAUCUGCUGGGGACCUAAUCAGUUUCUUUUUUUGAUUCUGAAUUUUAAGUCCGAGAUACACGUCAGUGAUGUCAUUUAUAAUUUCACGCGUGUUCUAGCUGGUCUAAAUUCAUGCCUAAAUCCUUUCAUUUACGCAUUUUGGAGCAAACCGUUUCGAAGCGGUAUUGUGUUAAUAUUCUGCAGGUGUAAAAACAAAGUUGGCGUAUUGGAGAGUCAGAGUGGGCCAUCUAGAGUAAAUACGACAGUAGGGGGUCCGGGAAACCAUGCAUGA